CAUUGUAUCUAUGCUAAAUAAAUCUUGAUAUCUGUUGUUUCUUUGCAUUGUCGACUUACACAAACAACCAAUAUGUAGUUGUUGUGAUAGACAAUUUGAAUACGAAAAGAGCGAUGGAUCUGCGAUUACUCUAAAAGUUUGGGCUCGAGUGUUUGCAUCUUUGCUAAUAAAUACAUAAAUUCCACGGUCUAAGUAAUAAGUGUAUUUUCUUAUAUCUUACAAAUGGUUGACUAUUCCUGUGAUGUUAUACUUAUUACUCUUAUUUUGUUAGUUGAUUGCUUCCACUUUGAACCAUGAAUGCUAUUGUUCCCAUAAGAGGUUAAAUAGUAAACUUAGUGAUGUUUAACUGAAAUAUUGAAGUGAUUUUCUUGAUAUUAAAUGUUUCAUUACUUGAUGAUAACUAGUUAGUAUUUGGUUGUUAAAUGUUGUCAACCUUGAACAAUGAAUGUUGAUUCCCCACUAUCUUUUUCAGGGAAAUAUGUGCAAUUUCAAACAACUCAUCCUUGAGACCUUGACCUAACAGCCAACUAUUUUACUUAUGUUUAAAUUAAAUAUAAUGUUAACGAUGUUCUCACUCUUCGCUUUAUUCUUCUCAUAAAAAGAAAAGAAUAAAACAUAGGGAUUCAAUUAGGAGAUUUACACAAACACACGAACCGCAUGGGAAGUUCUUAUAACAUUGAGGAGGCAGAUAGUAAUUUUUCCAUUCAAACCCAGGGUACCUAGUGCCUACUAUCCACAUUCCAGAGACUACAGCUUCCUGCUUCUACUUCAGCUUGGCUCUGGUGCGACCAUGGCGGCCUAUCCGGCUUCCGUAGGUUCUUCUUCUUUACUCCGACGAGCUCUCUUUCUUCCCAUUUCCCAUCCCCGUCCGUCGUUCUUCCAACUCUUCUCAGCUUCUCGCUUCAAUUGCUCCACCAGCACCACUGCCGUUACCCGCCCAAAACCACCAAUUUGCGUGGCCGUUCGCGGUGGCCAGACCAAGCGAGGUGGGUCCUCGUCCAAGAACGACGAACUAGCUACUGCUUCUGAUCUUCAAUUCGAGACGCCGCUUAAAAUUGUCGAGUACCCAGACCCUCUACUGAGAUCGAAGAACAAAAAAAUCGGUACUUUUGACGAGAACUUGAAGAAAUUGGUAGACGAGAUGUUCAGUGUUAUGUACAAAACUGAUGGGAUUGGACUGUCAGCACCCCAAGUAGGAGUGAAUGUUCAGCUAAUGGUUUUUAAUCCUGCUGGUGAACCGGGCGAAGGGGAGGAGAUUGUGCUCGUUAAUCCGAGAGUUAGUAAGAUCUCAAAGAAGAGGGUGCUUUUCAAUGAAGGAUGUCUUUCCUUUCCUGGGAUAUAUGCUGAUGUAGAGAGACCUGAAUCUGUAAAAGUUGAUGCUAUGGACAUUAAUGGUGCAAGGUUUAUUAUCAGCUUGUCGGAGCUUUCAGCUCGGGUUUUCCAGCAUGAGUUCGACCACUUGGAGGGGAUUCUUUUCUUUGAUAGAAUGACAGGAAAAGUACUCGAAACUAUUUUUGCAAAGCUACAGGCCUUAGAAAAGAAGUACGAAGACAAAACUGGACUCGCUAGCCCUGAAAAGGUACAAGCACCAAUAAAAAGAGUUGCUGUGGGCUUUGGAAAGUCAUGAUUUUGUACACUUGGCCUAGGCAGAUAAAUCAGGUAUCAUGGAAAGCAUAAAUCAGACCUAACUUUCAUUUACCUGUUUCUUUCUAUCUCUUAUGUCACUUGGUCUAACUAUGUGAAUUUCGAACCCCAGGUUCAGUUUGAUGUUAUUCUUAUCGUCAUCAAAGCUUCUGCCACUUCUCUAUGCCACGCUCAGAAACUAUGUAGAGCUGGCAAGUGGACCUAGCAUCACCAUGCUUUGUGAGAUAGAUUGUUGGUUAAAAGUGAUAGGGUAAUUUAGUUGCUGGUAUGGAAAUUCUAGGUUCUGGGGUCUGCAGAUAUAUUGAAUAUGCUAUAGGCUCUUGUACCAAUAUUCUGAAAUAGUUGUUGGAAGAACACAUUUUUCUGAGGACCAGUUGCUGUAAUAUCAUCUGUUGUUUUAUUGCACGUUCUUUUUCUUACAUUUCUUUGUAACCAUUGGAAAAACAUAUCUAACACUUUAAUCUGAUAGAAAGAACACAAACUUUAUCUACUUCUACGUCUAGUAUUCACUAUUCAGUAAUAAUGCAUGCAAGCUUUCUAAAGUAGUACUGAUUCACUUUUUUGCUUCUGGCUAACAUUGCCUACUUCAUUGGUACAUACGCAUUAUGUAUCAUUCAAUACAUGUUGCCACCUUGCAACACCAGGCUAAGCCAAGCAACCGUAAACCGGAGGUUUCACUUUGCCUUUUCUCAGGCAUGUAACUGGAGGAACAGUGAUUGUUUCAAGUUCCCCAUAUGCAUUCAAGCAGUAAGGCUGUUCAGUUUCUUUCCUUGAAGUGAGCUCUAUAUUACUCAGGGAUACCCCACUGCAAGGCAUGCUGUCACUACAGGCAAAGUGCACAGGUUUUACUGUGUACGUGCCUUUUAUGUUCACAUAGUUUAUUGCAGAUACAGAGACUGCCGACGAGUCAUUUCUGCAGUGCUCUUUGUCACAGUAGAAUUGGUCGAUGACUAUGGGGGUUUCAACUCCAGAAACUUGAAUGUUGGAGAACAUGAUUCCCUGGACCGAGCCUGAGCCUCCCUGCAGUUGAUCAUUGAAAGAAAGGUCAGUUGCUUGAUUCAAUAGCCCUGAAAGUUCAUUGAUUAUAGAUGGCGUUGGCUAAUGUGUCAGUUUGGUGGAUUGGGUUUCGUGAGAUUUGGGUUAAAUGGUUUAUUGACUAACAAUGAUGUUACCUACCUGCCAUGUCUUUAUUCUCACUCCGGUUAGUGUAUUCUGAAUCUCCACAUCUCUCACAGUGAUGUUUGAAACACAGGCUUUGCUGCCGUCUUUUCCCAGUCCUCCUAUGCUGAUUCCAUGCCCAGGUCCACACCUCACAUUGUGUAUAUUUACGUUAGAGCAUCCUGUUUGUAUCGAGAUACAAUCAUCCCCUGUUCAAGCCAACCGGAAAGAAUGUAGUCAAAUAACCAUUUUUUAAGUCUUCUAUUAGGUUAUAUGCAUAAAAUGAUUUGGCAAUUACCGCACUGAAGAUCAGUGCUGUAGAUGUUGACAUUUCUGGAGUUCUGCAAGUGUAUGCCAUCAGUAUUCGGGCUGUUACCCGGAGACGAUGCUGUAAACCCAGAGACCUCAACAUUUGUGCAGUCAUCAAACUUGAGGUGGGUUUGAGGGCUGUUUUGAAUGGUUAUGCCAGAAACUGUGACGCCAGUGCUCCCGUAAAACCUGACUGCCUGCAUAGAUACGGCAAAUCCAUGACCUCUCUCUGUCAAUGAUCUCCCCAUACUUGAACCAAGAAGAAAUAUCGGCAGGAUGAUUUUACUUACUGUUGGUUUGGUGCUGCUGUGUAGCUCACUAGCUAGCUGUUGGGAAUCAAAUUCAAGUUAAAACCGGAAACUAAGAAGCUUUUGAAGUAGCAGGGUUUGAGCUUGUUUGAGGUUCAUAAAGAGAAAGUUUACAUACCUCUGCUCCUGGAUUAUAUUCUGGUGAGUCGUACCACCAAGCCGAACCUUGUCCUUCAAUUAUCCCUGUUCCUGUGAUUGUGAUCCCCUGGAGUUUUGUGAACUCUAUCCACUGUAAAAGCCUUGUGCUACUCCAUAAUUCUGAACUGACUAUUGCUUUAAUUUCACCGUCCAGCUGCAAAUAGACCCAAAUAGAAGUUUCUUUAUUGCAUUGAACCCUCACAGAAAAAUGGAGUUCUUUUAGGAAUCUUACUUGAGAUUUACCUGAAAUAUGAGGUUGGAUGCGCAGUCUGGACCAGAAAAGGAGAUGGGUUGAAGAAGGAAAACAUAGCCCGAUGGAACCUCAAUGGUUGAUCCUUCAACUUGACAAGCCUCUGCCCAUGCCGACUCGAAUGCCUGCAUUUACAUCAACCAGUUCAGGUAAUCAUUUUCUUGUGGCCAAUUUCGUCUUAUUUUUGUGGUUUAAUGUUCAAGUUGUACUCUCAAUUAGCUUUUAGGGAUGGCCAUUUGAUGUUUUGAUCAAAUCGGACCAGAAGAAAGUAGAAUACGGUUUGGUUUUGACUCUCAAAUUCAAGAAUUUUACUCGAUUGACCAAAUCAAAUCGAAUACGCAGUUGAUUUGGUUGUGGCCCAAUCCUGGACCGGACUGCACCAUGCCCAUCUCCCUUAGUUUGUAAUCUUUCUUAGUGUGUUAAAAGAUACGUCAUUUUUCUUAAAAUAGCCCAAAUUAGAACAUCAAAAGACACAACCAAGUCAUCUAGAUGUCACUAUUUGCUGCUGCUAUAUUGAAUUUUACCAAAACCCAUAUGCUUAGGGACCAACAGGGAAAAGCAAAAAAGAAAGAACAUGGUAGACAAAAGGGAGAGCUUGGAGAAAAGUGAAAAAAGACAGCACCUUUGUGUCAUCAGAAUGACCAUUGCCUUUAGCACCAUAGUCCAAUACACUGAAGACAUUGCCCUUCUUCUUUCCUCCUUUUGGUUGUGCAUCCAUUUCUCCAUCCUCCCACAUAUGGCCAUCAUCCCCCAUGAAGUUUGACAUUCUUAGACUUCGGCCGUGGCCGCCACGACCAACAGCUUGUUUUUGCUUGCCUAACCCUUUAUCACCAUGACAAGUUCCAGCUCUGGGAGAGCAGAGGAAUGAUGCAAUGAUGAGGGUGAAUGCAACAUUAUAGAACCUCCCCAUCUUAAUAUUGGAAAGAAUAGAUGCUUCUUGCUUUUUGGAGUUUCUGCAGGUUUGUAGGUAGGAUAGGAACCUAUGUUUGUUUAUAUAGAGGGAAUAUCAGAGUUCACGGAUAGGAGUACAAGAAAACUAAUAGGUUACUGUUGGUGCAUGAGAUGAACAGUACUUGUGAGCAUGACAAAAACAGAAAAUUCUCUUUGUUUAAUUAUUUAGGUUGAUGACUUGUUCUUGGUGAAUUAUUUUAUGCUUCUGAAUUCUGUUACUCUGAUUCGGUUAGUUACUUGCAUGACCGAACUGUCUGAUUACCCCAGACAUUAAACUAUGCCCUCCCUUGUUCUAAUCUCCUUACUUCUUAUUUUUAUAGCGAGUGACUCUUUGCCGAAGCAAAGGAAGAACCCCCCAUUCAUAAUGAUCAUGGAUUUGAAGCAGGCAACUUGGUCGAUAUCCCUCGUAGGUCGUAUUCUCCUCAGUAGCGACUACACGAUUUGAACCAUUGAGCCACACCCUUGAGGGGUAAGUGAUCUCUUUAUUCCCUAAGUCAUCUUUCUUUUAGAAUCUACCAAAUCACUUGGAUUAGAAGUGAUCUUCCUGAGUAGAUAUGAAUAUGGAAUGCUCGUCAUGUGGCGGGAGCUAAUUGGACCUUGCAUUAUUAAUCAGAAGUGUAAUGACUAUUAUUUGGAGGUCUUGUUAAAACAUGCAAGCAAGUACAGGUAUAUAACAAAAGACGUGAGAUCAUCUAACAGUGCAGGGUUUAUAUUAUUAUGUCAACUGUCAGACAUGAAAGACAGCCGUGUUUUUUCCUUCAACUAUUUGAGACCAUUAUAGACGGGUAAUUAGGGGAUAAUGAAAGCGAUUAGAUAAACCCAAGCAGGGCGGCAAUAGACAUGGGCAAAGAUCUUUCCAAAAGAUUCUGCUGAAAUGACAGACCAUGGAGCUGGCAAAAAUAGGGAGGGAAGGCUGCUAAAUCUGUAGUUCUGAUUGCUCCUGGAAAGGCCACCCAAAUCUGAUAAUUGCCACGGUUGGGAUAAUCCAGCUUGAUUGCCUUCGGUUCGGUUUAACUCUGCCUUUUGGUUCGGUUCACUUCUCGUGCCUGGGUAUUUCUGGUUUGACUGUUGGAUCCUUGAUAUCAGGCUCAUUUGGGUUUCUACAGGUUCCUAUGGGACAAUGCUGAUCUCCUUAUUCUAGCAUUUCCUGGUCUGUUUGUAAUGCAAGCAUUUCAGGGGUUUUCUAUGGCUGGACUUGUACAAGCAACAUUCUGACGACGAAAGACAGACCAGGAAAAGGGAUCCAUCCUGUCAUGAAAUUCUUCUCAAGCAACAAGAUACUAUUUACUACUGGUUAGAUUAGGUACCGUUGUUUGGUAAUUAAUUAUUGUUAAUCCAUCUCAAUCAGCCGCAAAACGAAAUCCGUGGUUUUGCGCCUUUGCGGCAUAUCCGUUAUUCCGUUGGGCACAUUGGUUUCAAUCGUACUGUUCAUCAUGUGAGUCUUUCUUGGGCCUACAUGGAUUCUGCCUACCAAAAUAGAUCAUUGUUCAAUCGAGAAGUUAGCUAAUAGAGUUAGGUACCAGAUGCAGAAUCUAUAUUGCUGGAGAAGGUACACAAGAAAUUCUAUAUUAUUAUGGAAUGUAAACGGAGUAACUAAUAUAUGUGUUUGACGCUUAAACGAUCGUAAUAUUAUUUUACUUACGAGAUUUACUCCUCAUAGUAACAUAUCGGAUAUUUUAUGAGAAAUCAUGUAAGUCUAACGUUGUCAACUUAAUUAUAGCAUAGCAGACAACUCAAGCUGUGUUCAUAAUCACUGUUGUUGUUGUUGGGGAGUAUGUCACCCUCACCUCAUCGUCUAUGUUAAUUUACAAUGUUAAAAUGAUAUUUGUUUAGCUUAAUCAAGGGUAUGGCUCAAGUUUAAGAGUCAUUUAACAAGAUAUCUCUUACGUUGAUAACUAGUCUAUACCGAUGAUAGUAAUUAUCCUCUCGUCAUGGGUAAAUGUACACAACGUCAAACAACUAAUCAUAAAAUCGACUUCAUUUUUGUGAAGAAUAUUGAUGAGAUUGUGAAUCGACUAAUCAAGACAAAGUGAGAUCGAGACGGUUUGGUUGGAUAUUGGUUUGUCAACCCUUGAAUUGCAUUUGUUGGGGUUAUUGGUAGCCCAAACAUGCAAAGGCCUGAAUCAAUCAUAGAGUUCAAUAAUUCACACCAAACAUGAAAACAAAGCCCAUCAGCCCAAUAACAAAAUGCCCUCGAUCCCAUUAUUAUCUAAAUUCUGGGAAAGCUAAUUAGCGAAAAAGUGCAAUCAGAAUGUAAUUUGUUAAUAAAGAGAAGGACAAUAAAUAAGGGCAGUUAAGGAACUAAAAAAUUAAAAACUUGCUCAGAGAAAGAAUGAGAAAGAGACAAAUUAGUAAUCUCUCUCCUUCAAGCAAAUACAAUAGUAUCCCUCAUAAUUGAGGAGAGAGCAAAUGAAACAAAACUCAAAUAAACACAUCAUGUGAUUGUUUGCUUGAAAUUUUUUGAAAAGAGAGUAUUUUUGUUCUUUUACUAUGGGAGGAAAAGACCAAAAAAUAGUGAUGAAUUGCAUUUGUGGUCAUGGUAAUUAUCAUUUUACUUCUUUUUUCAUUACAUUUUAUCAUUUGACAUCAAUUUUUCUUCAAUUUUACAUCUUACAAUUCCACGACUUAGAUAACGAUACAUAAAUUUUCCUCUCAUAAUAAGCAUGAAUUAAAAAAUUAAUAAUUCAAUAAAUUCGACAUGAUUUAAAACGAAUAUGAAGGACAAAUUCAUCGGGCAAGUUGUAUAAAAAAUACCAACCACUUCCCACUACAGACUCCCGUUUUGUUUUAUUUUAAAAUUUACCUUAGAAGGUUUCUCUUUUUUGUUUCAGUAAAUCAUUUGAUUUUUUUGCUCCUUUUCAGAAUAUUCAAAAUGCUCACAAAUUUGUACUCUUUUACCAUAUGUCCGAUCCCAACUUACAAUUUAUCCGAAACACAAGGAUAUAAUCGUACUUACAAUUGAUCAUUUUCCUUUCAUAAAAUAGUGAAAAUGAUAAGUGGUUUUUGCUAUCAAAGAAAUGUGGCACGAUAUGAUCGAACGAAAUAAGUCUAGUAUGAGUGUAAAUUUUGGAUAAAAUGGAUGGCAAUUCUUGGGACAGCUAAAGAAAAAAAUAAUUAUAAUUUUUCAUUUUUAUAUUUAAAAUAAGAGAUAAUAGUACUCUCUCCUCAAACUUUUUAUUCAUAUAAAUUUGGAUGAAUUAUACUCGAGAUCACUAAAAAUAUCAUAUUACUUAAUAUUUAUCGUUGAAAUUGCGAGAAAAUAGGUAACAUUAAUUUGUCCAUUCAAAUUCACUAACUCUAUCAACUAACGGCUAAAAAAAACAUCUUCUCAUUUUCAUAUCGCCGAGUUUUUCAUUUCUUAUCUUACACUGCCGCCACUAGCCCACCGACAUCGUCAUGACAAUUGACAGAUAAGACAAUUAUUUGUCACAUAUCUAACCAACUUCCGAGAAAAAAAAUUAACAUUUAUUUUGUUUUCUUGUUUACCAAAACUAUUUCGGCAUAAUUUCUACGUUUAUAAUAAGAGAUAAUAGUACUCUCUCAUCAAAACUGACAAAACAAGACAAUUGUGAUCAUGAUAAUUGAGGAGAGAGAAUACAAUCUAAUGGAGUCCAAAACAAACAAAUAAGGGUGUUGCAAAAUUCAAUAGAGUCUAAAGAAACAAACACACCAUGUGGCAGUGAAUAGUGAUUGUUUGCUUUCAAAGUUUUAAUAUUUAUUUGGAGUUUCAUCAUAUUGCUUGCUUGGAAGGACAAUAAAAAUUCUAUAAGAUGGAUCUUCUUAAACUUUUUAUUCAUAUAAAUUUGGAUGAAUUAUACUCGAGAUCACUAAAAAUAUCAUAUUACUUAAUAUUUGUCGUUGAAAUUGCGCGAAAAUAGGUAACAUUAAUUUGUCCAUUCAAAUUCACUAACUCUAUCAACUAACGGCUAAAAAAAACAUCUUUUCAUUUUCAUAUCGCCGAGUUUUUCAUUUCUAAUCUUACACUGCCGCCACUAGCCCACCGACAUCGUCAUGACAAUUGACAGAUAAGACAAUUAUUUGUCACAUAUCUAACCAACUUCCGAGAAAAAAAAUUAACAUUUAUUUUGUUUUCUUGUUUACCAAAACUAUUUCGGCAUAAUUUCCACGUUUAUAAUAACAAACAUGAAAUAAAUAAAAGAUAUCAAUAACAAUUAAUGUAAUUUUGUCACAUUCAAAAUUAACAAAAAAGUAAAUUCAUCUAUUGGACAAUGAACACUAAUUGCAUAAGACAUCGCCAACCACCCCACUAUAUCGAAAUGUCCAUGUCUUGGUUUUAUCAUUCACGAGCCUUUCUCCUUUGAAAAUCAAUAUAAGUAAAGUGUUUAUAUAUAUAUUUUUAACUAGUUUGAUAUAUUCUUACAUAUUUCCCCAAUUUUUCCAAUAUCUUCACUGUCAAAAGUAAAAAUAAAAUCCCAUUCCCAAUUUCCAAUUUGUUCGAGUAAUAUGGCAAUUACCCACCUAGCCUUUCAGAAAAUAAGAAAAGGAUGGAAUUGUAAUUGUCACUUCACCCCACCUGACAAUCUUCAGUCUUCACAGUGGUCGUAGAGCCGUAGCUGCGGAACGCCGGAAUCCGUUUCAAUUCAACAAAAAAUUCAUUUGACGCCAAUUUUUUUUUGCUGUUCCCCCUCUCUAGAGAGAGAGAGAGAGAGAUUCCACUUGUAGAAAACUGUACACCCCUUUUACCGAUUCCCCCCUGCAUGUCUCACCUUCUCCAGUCGCCGAUUCUACGCGCAAAAGAGAUGGGGCUCUAGGUUUCUGCCUACUGCGAACGCCGAAGGAGAGAGCCGUACGACAUUCCACCGACUAGGGAUUUUCACCGGGGAAGAAGGUCGCUCCCCUGCCCCUUUUCCGGGCCUCACGAAAUUCCGGCUUUCUCGUCAGGUACGAACAAAUUUCUGAUUCCUCGCCCGGUGAAGAGAGUUGCUAGCAGCAGAAGGCUGAAGUCUCGGGGUGUUUUCUUCUUUUUUCUAGGGUUCGCGGAAGAUUUUGCUCCUUUUGUUUCUGUUUGGGGGGAGGAGAAGAAAUGGUGCUUCUGGAAGACGAUGAUGAUAUCUGCUGGAACAGUGAUGACGAGCGGGAGAUUGAGGCUUACGGUGCUCCACUGUCACCGUCGAGUUUUCAGAUUAGUGCGGCUGUGACUGGGAGAGAACAGGUUCGUUUUUUUUUUAAUAAUUUAUUCCUUCGGUUCACAUUCUGCCGGCACAAAUUCUUUGACCUGCCACCCGCUUUCCUGUUCUUCUCUACCAAUCGCUCCUUCAUAAUUCCGGCUUUGAUUUCUAUUGCUUGGCAUUUCCUGUCCAAUUUUGCGGUUAACCGUUUUCCAGUAGAGUUCUUCGAAUAUGGUUCUGUAUUAUAUUUUUGCAUAUAUGCUGUUAUAUGGCUGGGAAUUAAUGCAAUUAGAUAUAGCACAUACUGGAAAUUAAUUAGAAUUUGAUUGUAAUUAGUGUUCUAUAUACAGGCUGGGUAUUGGA